GGGAAGGGGAAGGAGAGGGGUUCCACGACUAUGGCUAUGCGCAGAUCUGGGAAGGCUUCAGCUGCUGCUGCGCGCAAGGACCCCGACGACGAUGAUGGCGAUGAUGAUGAUGAUGGCGACGACGAUGAAGAUGACGAUGAUGACGAGGACGACGAGGACGAUGAUGAUGAUGAUGAUGAUGGUGAGAGCAACGACGAUGGCGAGCGCGGCCCCGCUGCUUGGGGAGUGAGGCAGCGGGUGAUGGCCAUUCACUUGAUCUACGAACCAUCUCAGCACUCUCUUUCUGAAUUCAUGAGAGAGGAUUUGCCGGAGAGAUCGGAGCACAGCGCUUUGUAUCGCAGACAAGUGUUAGCCAUCUCCGGGCUCGUGCGCACUCAGGCGGACUUGGUGACCCUCAAUACACCCGUACCAUGCCAGGGUCCGGCAUGGUCCAAGCAGAUGGUAGAGCAGAUGCGCAAGCGCUGGCACAAUAUCAGAGAUCAAUACACCGCGUACAUUGCGUACUGCCGGAAUCCGCAACUGCCGAGACAAGGCACGGAUGUCGAAGGCACAAUCUUGUCGAUUCAACAACUCCUUUAUGCUGUGCAGGACACCCUGAUACAGUUCACCAGUAUGGCGGACGGUGCCUCACUGCAGAUGCUGGACCUUCUCCGGGAGGUGCUCCUCCACCUGCGCUACUGGCGUCAUGAUGCGAGGCCCGCUAAUGCACCUUCAUAUGCUGGCGGCAGCCAGAACUUCGAGUACAACCUUUUGUUUCGCUUCGCAGGAUUCCCAAGCAACUGGCGAAGCUGCGUGGACGUCGUCGGUGUGCUCGGCGAGAAAUAUGGCGCUCAUUUCAAACGACGGGAGAAGGAGUGGCAGUCUGCCUACUAUGAGCUGUACAAGGCGCUGGCGCCGUACCCGGGUGAUACAGGAGCCUUUGUGGGAGCGUUCCAUGGAAGGUUGAGUGAAGUAGGAGAAAUCAAAGCUGACGAAGAGUUGUUGUAG